AUUAUCUUUUUUUCUCUUCUCUUUCGGAUUUGUCGAUAUGAAGAAAUUUCGACAUUCUCACUUCGAUUAUCAAAACUCGGAACGCGAUAAACGAUACAACAAUAGACAGUCAUAAAGAUCGAAGUUCUUUGUUUGUGAUUUUGACAUGUCUUUCUCGUAACACAACCUAUUUCUUUCCGACUGAAGUUUUCCAAAAAAUUAAAUGUUAUUUAUUUUUUUUUUUUAUACAAAAUUUUUUAGUUUUAACAGUUUACAUCCAAUGAAAUGCUCCUUUCGAAGUCCAGGUUCCUAUCCUGGAGACCGCAAGAAUACGUUCGAUCUCUUGCAAGAUUAUUCUCAGACGCAAAAUGCGACGCGAGAAGAGAUUUGGCGGAAUGUACAAAACGCGCAAAAUUCGAAAUAUGUCAGCUGAAUCCCUGUAUGAGAGAUCCAUGCAAACCAGAGCCGAAUAUUGUUAUCGUAGGCGCUGGUAUGGCUGGAUUGUCAGCCGCACAUCGAUUGGUUCAAUGUGGCUUUCAGAAUUUUACAGUUUUAGAGGCAACGGAUAGACCGGGUGGUCGAAUCCAUUCGUGCUGGUUGGGCGAUGUCGUAACGGAAAUGGGAGCCACGUGGAUCGAAGGUGGCAGCGUGGCAAAUCCGGUGUUCAAUUUGGCGGCGCAGGAAGGUCUGCUGAAAGCACCGCUUGUUCGUCCGGAUCCGAGCCGGGGUCUCUUCUGCACUAGCGACGGCAGGGCUAUCGAUAUGUCGGUCAGCAUUAUGGCAUAUCACACGUUCCGACAGAUCGAGCAGCAGGCGGCCGCGCUCUUCACUCUCGGUUGCGGCCGUACCCACGGUACGUUGCUGAAUUUUAUGGCCGUCCGAAUUCAACAGGAGCUGCACAACUUCCCGGAGGAGCAACGAUAUGAUGCCGCAAGGGUGAUGUACGGCAUGACGAAUUGUGUGAGAUGUCGAUGCGGAGACGAUCUCUCGCUCGUCUCGGCUAAUCAAUUCGGCAGUUAUAUCGAUAUCCCCGGCGGCAAUAUUAGGGUACCCUUAGGAUACGUGGGAGUUCUCGCGCCUCUGCUUCGAGAUCUGCCUAGUAAUUGCGUCAGAUAUUGCAAACCGAUCAGCAUCAUCCGAUGGGGCGCAGCGAACGACGCUUGUCCACGCGCUGUCGUCAAGUGUUGCGACGGCGAGGAGUUUCCCGCCGAUUACGUAAUCGUCACCGUUUCGCUUGGCGUUCUCAAGCAUCAGCACUCGAAGUUGUUCUGUCCCGGAUUGCCCGCCGAGAAAGUCGAGGCGAUCAACCGGCUCGGUUACGGGCACGUUAACAAGAUCUUCCUGGAAUACGCGCGACCCUUUUGGGUUUGGAAGGAAGGCUGCAUCAAGCUGGCUUGGUCCGCCGAAGAGUUGGCGGACAGAUGCGAUUGGGUGAAAGGCGUUGCACAUGUGGAGGAAUUGCCAAACUCUCAGCACGUGCUAUGCGCCUGGGUGUGCGGACGCGAAGCGGCGGACAUGGAAUUUUGUUCCGACGAGGAGGUGGUGGAGUCGUUGACGACGAUUCUCCGUCGGUUCACCGGUGAUCCCACCUUGCCUUAUCCAGCCAACGUUCUCAGGAGCAAGUGGUGCAUGGAUCAAUACUUCGCCGGGGCCUACAGUUACAUGGCGAUGGACAGCACGGUUGGCCAUCAGUGUGACCUGGCAAAUCCAUUGCCAGGCACAUGCGAAUCGAUGCCUCCCAUACUUUUGUUCGCGGGAGAAGCCACAAUACCGGGACACUACAGCACGGUGCAUGGUGCGAGGCUCAGUGGCAUCCGCGAGGCGGAAAGAAUAAUUCGAUUAACGAAACGAUACAACGGGCCGCCGAGAAAAUCAUCAGUGAAAUCGUGAUCCAUGAAAAUGCAUUGUGUGAAGAAAAAUUUACGUGUCUAUGCAUAUCGCUACGAUAUCGAAUGUGCAAACUUGUAAAUCAUGUGCUUUGUAUAUAAAUUA